ACUCUCCGCUCUCAGCAGUAUCUCACAACCAAAUCUCCAACGCAAUGGCAUUCAAGUUCGUCGCACUCUUCGCCCUGAUCGCCGCCGCCAGCGCUGGCGUCCUGCCCGCCGCUCAGGUCUACCAUGCUGCUCCCGCCGUGGCCACCUAUGCCGCCCCAGCUGCCGUUGUCAAGACAAUUGCCCCUGUGGCCCAGCAUGUGAUCACCAAGGCUGCCGAGGAAUACGAUCCCCAUCCCCAGUACAAGUACGCCUACGAUGUCCAGGAUGCCCUCUCCGGCGACUCCAAGAGCCAGGUCGAGGAGCGCGAUGGUGAUGUGGUCCGUGGCGAGUACUCUCUGGUCGAUGCCGAUGGCUACAAGCGCACCGUCCAGUACACUGCCGAUCCCAUCAACGGCUUCAACGCUGUCGUCAACCGUGAACCCCUCGUCAAGGCCGUUGCCGUUGCCCCCGUUGUGAAGACCAUUGCUGCUGCCCCCGUUGCCCACUAUGCUGCCCCCGCCGUGGCUCACUAUGCUGCCCCAGCUGUGGUCAAGACUGUGGCUCCCGUUGCCCACUAUGCUGCCCCAGCUGCUCACUAUGCCAGCUAUGCCGCCCCCGCUGUUGCCUACCAUCAUUAAGUUUGUUACGCUGCCAGUGAUUUGUUAUAGUUUUAUAUCGAAGAAUAAAUGUUAAAAGU